GUGAGAUAGUUGAGAGUAAAAUCGGUGUGUGAUAUCCAUAGAGAUGUGUGUUGUACCAGCACCAGCUCUGUGGAGAGUUGGGCAAACCCGGGAAAUUUCGCAAACGAAGCUGCUAGUGCUGCUGCCGAAAACGGAUCCAAUCCUGUCAAAAUGCAAACGAGAUCGCAGAGCAAGUCGCCUGCUGUUGCCAAGUACGAUGGCGGAGGAAAUCAGGAGCAUUUACAAAGGGGUGAUGGAAAAACUGGCAAAAAGAAACCAUCAGCAAACGUAGAGCCCAUGUACUAUAAUGAAACCAACUCGAAACUAAUCGAGGAGCUAACUAAUAUUGACGAUGAUAAGCUAAAAGCGAACCCCCAACCUCAAGCAAGCAAUCGAACAAAUGGUACUCAAAAUCCCAUAAAGUCCUCUGCGUGGUGCCCAAAAAUGACAUUUUUCAUCACUGCUAUUGCAAUAGCAAUAGCUAUUGCAAUAGCAAUAGCUCCUUUUGCAAUAUUGCAAUUAGCAAUAGCAAUAAAACCGUGCUACUUCUUGAAAGAAGGACCAGCGACUGAACUUUAUAAACCUGCGUUUGAUGAACAAAUCAAAAUUAUUCGAAGCCAGUUUCCAAGCCAAAAGCAAAAAUCCUGGAAUACUUUGGUUGCUGGUGCCUACGAUUUUAUCGACAACACUGAACGGCCUCUGAUCGUCCUCAUGCAUGGAUACAACAAGAAUACAAUGAACUGCUUAGGCCGACGGUAUAUGGAGGCUCUGAACAAGACUGUUACCACAAAAGAUGCAGCACAUCUGCAAGCUGGAGAUUACGGGGAGAUAGUGAAAAUCAUAAAAGACUCACUGGAGAGAUCUGGUGGACUAUUACUUACCGACCUUGAGAGCUUAGACGCCAAAAUGGCUAUGGCACUACAUAAUGUUUGUGAUAAAGAGACGCCUUUGGUGAAGAACUCAAUAGUGGUGAUAACUGCUGGUCGAACUCUUGAUGAUAUUGUAAAAGUUUGGGCUAAGCACAUUGAGGAUGACAAAUUAGUCGCCCUGGUGACAAGGAUUAGGGACAGGGUUAUAACCGUGUUGCCUGAGGAAAAUUUGCCCUGCGACUUAAACUAGUUUUGGAAACCUAAAUUCAGGUGACAGUGUGUGCUAAAUAUUAUUUUUAAAGGUGCCAUGUGAGAAUGAAACAAAGUUUCCCUCUUUAAAUCUAUCAUUAUUGACAGGAACUUAUGAGUAUUAAAACAUUGUACAACUUUUUUACAACAAAGAUUUUUAUUUAUCUUUUGAAUUACACGAACGCUUGCCUUUUUAUUUCCUACAUGACUACAUAAGUGGGGGCUGUGAGAACACCACAGUUGUUGUCCUUUUGGG